GGUGGCAGCUCGGUGCAAGCGGUCAUCACCAACAGAGAGCAGCUCAUCGAGACCCGCGGCCCUCAAGAUCGUGCCUAUGCCGUGCUCCAUGGGGACGGCACGGUAAGAUGCGGAGGAUCUCCAGAAUUUGGGGGCGACUGCAGUGGAGUGCAGGAUUUUCUGCACGAUGUGCAGGCCAUCCACUCGACACGGUCGUUCUUCGUGGCCCUGCAGCAUGACGGCUACCUCGUGACCUGGGGGCGCGACUACUACGAACAUCUCCAUAUCUUAGAAGAUAUUGCUCAGCUGUGGUGUCUGGUACAAUCCAUCGCAACUGCUGACCUUGCUGUUGCAGCACUCCUUAAAGACGGCAGUGUCGUAUGCUGGGGAGAUGCAGAGGAGGGGGGUGACUGCCAAGCUGUCCAAAGGCAGCUGAGACGAUCCGGUCGCAGCGUGACGCAUAUCCGAGGCUUCUCAGCGGGCUUUGGCGCCGUCUGCAGUGACGGCUCUGUCGUGACAUGGGGCCGUGCAACGCUGCCGGACCGACUUCGGCACGUUCGGAAUGUUGAGCAGCUGGAAGCGACAGAAAAAGCCUUUGCUGUCCGACUCAGCGAUGGCUCCGUGGUGGCUUGGGGCGAUCCGGAGUUCGGCGGCGACUGCAGCAGCGUUGGUCCAGGCAUUGUUCAGAUGAUCGUCGCCGGUAUUGCUGCCUUCGCCGCACUCUGCCAGGAUGGUUCAGUGGUAUCCUGGGGAGACCCCUUCAGGGGAGGCAACCGACGGGAGAUUGCUGCCCAACACAGGGGGGAGGUGGCUCCGUUUCGUCACGGCUUCGUCGCAAUCCUGGAAGACGGCUCGGAAGUGUAUUCGGAUGAUUGGGCAUCACAGCGUCAAACCUACUCACCGAGUCAGGUCUAG